AUGGCUCAGCGUGACAACAAGACCGACAUCAGGGACGUCGAGCCCCAGAUCUUUCAGAAUGAGUAUCCGGAGAAGAUGAUCCCUCAGGUUGAGAAGAUUGAUUACUCUGGUGCUCAUGAGAAGACUGAUCCUAAGGAGAUUGCUCUUGUGAGGAAGCUUGACCGAUGGAUGAUGCCCAUGCUUUGGA